AUGGCCGCACAUCUUCUUAACGAUUGUGCCGUGCCCAAUCACGUGGAGCUCACCACCGGGUUCGCCCUCUCGUCUGGAUCGGAUGCGGUCGAAGGUUGCGAGAUUGUCCAGGAGAUCGAUGACUACUUCGCCACUAGCACGAUAGACGGGAGAAGUCCGGUCCCCUUACCCGACACGAGGCUGGUUCUGAGGCUCGGUGGCGAUGGCGAGCGAGAUGCUCAUGGCAUGAGUGAUGGCCAGACAAAGGCUGUGCAGGAAGAUGAGACGAGGCCGCUGAUGGCAACCCCCCAAACCACAAUGGAUUUAAAUGAGGCUACUGGGCCGGAGCUGGGCCACAGGCACAGCACUCUUCUCACUGAAAUGACACACAGACACCCAAAACUCGAGGCAAAGUGGGAUUCAGAUUUCAGUCCUGUUCCCCGCAACAAGUCGAGCAGCAACAUCGACCUCGCCGGUACCAGCAAGAUGAGGCAUAGUGACUCGGAGGAACUCGUGCCAAAAGCCAACGGCAGCAAUGCCAACGGCAACUGUUCCAGCAUCCCAUCGCCGAAUUUUGCCAACCCGGCGUCCGAUCAGAACCGGCUCCUUCAUCUCGCCGACGUGAUCACCCGCAACAUCUCUCCCCAGGCCGCAGCAGACGAUGGCCGCGGGAUCAGAGCAGCCAAUGCCGCUCUCGAACUGGCUGCAGCGGUUCGCCCGCCCACCGACACCGUCAUGGGCUGGUUCGCCACCAUGUCUGUCAUAUCUGCCGUGCGUCUCUUCAUGCACUGGAAAGCCUUCGACAUGAUCCCGUCUGGCGAAGGGGAGAGCAUCACAUAUGCUGCACUCGCCGAACGGGUGAGCGCGGAGGAGGGCCUCGUUGUCCGUGUCGCUUCCAUGCUUACGUCAAGUCAUGUUCUUGCUCACCACUCCGGCUUCCCAGAUGAUCAAGCGCCGCGGCUUUCCCACACGCCGACAUCCCUGCUUCUCCUCUCUGGCCAAUCCAUGGCGGCCAUGUUCUCUUUGAUGUACACAAACGUCGUGCAAGUGUCCUCGGUCCUUCCGGAGUACUUCGACUGUUACGGCCGCACGGAACCGCUUGGGCCAGCACACAUUCCCACCUCGUAUCUGGCAGGCCAGCCAGAAGAGCCUUACUUUGCCCUGUUGAAGAAGGACGAAGCCGCGCUGCGCGACUUCAACCUUGCCAUGCGCAUCUCGAGCAGGCGUGUGCCCGUCACGGGCAUGUAUGACAUGAGCAGGGUCUUGCAAGCGGCCUUGGACGGCAGGGAGACGGUGUGGGUCGAUGUCGGUGGCGGGGAUGGCCAUACCGUCAAAGAGUUCCUGAAGGCAUACCCAGGUCUGAAGCCCGAGCAGUGUGUGGUCCAGGAUCUCGAGGAGGUUGUGGUUGCUGCGAGAGAGCAGGAUGACGAGGAACUGAGCGGGGUGAGAUGGAUGAAGAUGGAUUUCCUGCACGAUGCUCCCCUGAAAGGCGCUCUGGUGUACUACCUCCGCCACAUCCUGCGCGACUACUCGGACGCCGUGGCCAUCACCAUCCUCUCCAACGUCGCACGCGCCCUCACUGACCCGGCCAGCCGCGUGCUUAUCUCGGAGCAGCUGAACCCAGACGUGGCAAGCACGGCUGGUCCGCCCCCGCUGUACGCGGCCUUCAAGGACUUCUCGAUGCUGUCCAUCGGCGGCAAGGAGAGAUCCCUGCGGCAGUUCGAGGAGGUGGCUGGUGCCGCCGGGCUGAAGGUAUCGGGCGUGUUCCGGGAUCGGGCGACGCCGCAUGCUGUUGUUGAGCUUGCGCUGAAGUAG